UAUUUGCUGGUAAUCUUGGUGCUAACCGAUACAUUGUACAAGUUACUCAAAUGGGAGUGCGUCUUUUGCAAGGCAUUGAACAGAUUCAACACAUGCCCAUAGAUCUUGGCUGUCCAAUUGUGCAUGCGAGUUGUGCCGAUCCGUACGUAGCAUUACUGUCGGAAGAUGGACAAGUGAUGUUAUUAACACUUAGAGAAGUAAGAGGUACAGCGAGAUUGCAUGCUCAGGCUGCCAAUUUACUAUUUCGCCCUCAGAUAGAGGCAUUAUGCGCUUAUAGAGAUGUAAGCGGGAUAUUUACAACGCAAUUACCUGAGAGCGCGGACGACGAGCAGACUGAAGAAGAAUACAAUGUAGAGGAACCGUCUGUACUUAGCAAUAUCGACAACGAAGACGAUCUACUGUACGGCGAUGCCCCAGCAUUCCAAAUGCCUGUACCAUCGUAUCCAAAAGCAACAGAUGGUACUACUAAAAAACCACCUUGGUGGCAGAGGCAUUUACAAGAAAUUAAAUCCACAUACUGGCUACUUGUGUACAGAGACAGUGGGACGCUGGAAAUUUAUUCCUUACCUGAUUUACGAUUAUCUUAUCUUAUUCGCAACUUUGGCUUCGGCCAGUACGUGUUGCACGACAGCAUGGAAUCCACAACUUUACAAUCAGCGCCGCUCAAUGAGAUCCCACAUCCGGAUAUGCAGGUAAUUUAUCUAUAA